GGUAAUCAUGAUUUUAAAUGUCAACAUGCCUUCAUUUGUGCUGGUUGUCUUCACUCUUCAUCCCCUUAAAUAAUACUAUGAAAUAAUAAAAAAUAAAUAUAAUAAAUAAACUUUAUUGUUUUGUGACUCAGAACGUGCGCAAGAGUUGGUGCGGUGUCUAAAAAAUCGCUCAGCAAGCUGGCUCAUGCCCGCCAACAGAAUGAGGUGGCCGGUGCGCGCGUAUCGCGCAAACAUAAGUUUUUUCAUCUUCAUCAUGUUUAUGGUGUUUGCAGUCAUAUUCCUAACCCAACUCCUGUUACUUGAAAGGCCCAGCCAAAGGAUACUUAGAUCUAGAUACGAGGAAAUCCAGGGUUGGGAUAGUAAAAUAGAAAAUGGAGGCGGAGAUAGAGGAGAGAUGACGCCACCAGUGCAACACCCACAGGACGGAGUAUGGCAAAGAGUGGCCGGGACUAGAUUUAAAUUCUACGUGUAUUCCGCUUUCAUCGAGAUGAGAACGGUAGCGGCCGUGCGCAUAAUCGCAGCGACUAAAACUCGGGGUGCGGACCCAGUCGUCUGUCGCUUGUGGCUGCCAGACAAUCGCACGGUCACACUCAAGGCUAGAGUCAAGGCUAUCCGGGAGAAUUGGAAUCUGAAAUACAGCGCGACAUACGUGUUAUGUCUGCUUAGCGAUUCCGGGGUUCACAUCCGCGAGGUCGUGGGCGCGUCCGUGUCGGUGUUGGCGAGCACUUUGGCUGAUAAACCACAAACUAAUAUGCUUACUGUUCUUGAUACAAAACCUAUGAGUGAUGUUCUGGAAAAACUGCACGUAUGCGUGAAGCCGCUUCACUCUUCUUUCUCUCGUUCCAACUGGCUCAUAGAAUGGUUCGAGUUCAACCGGCUACUGGGCGCGACUCACUUCUAUAUGUACAACGUGUCGUUGAGUUCGUCUGUCGCUUGCGUACUGGAUUACUAUCAAAGGAGGGGGCUCAUCACGCUUAUGCCGUGGAAACUACCAUUGGUGUCUUUAGUAGAAAUCAGAACUCAGGGGCAAUUCGCAGCGUUUAACGACUGCCUGUAUCGGUCGAUGCGAACCGCCGACUGGCUGCUGGUUAUCGAUGUCGACGAACUAGUGCUGCCCCGCCUAGACCGGACGAUACCCGACAUGUUAUCCAUUGCGCGCUCCAAGUAUCGCUGGAAUAUGAAGACUCCGUCAGCGUUUCUUUUUAGAAAUUCCUUCUUCUAUUUACAUUGGAUGGACGACCCCGACAACAAAGCGCCGCUGCUCACCGCGCGCAAGACGCGGCGGCGCGCCACUCCGCUGCCCGUGAAGAACCGCAGCAAGUACGCCGUGCGGCCGCGGGACGUGCUGGAGCUGGGGAACCACUUCGUGUGGGAGCACGCGCCCGGCGCGCUCUCCGCCGGCAUGGCGCCCGAGCGCGCCCUGCUGCACCACUACAGGGUGACUGCCGCAUGUCACGUAUGCUAGUGUCUGCUGUAGCAGUAGCGAGCUGGGGAACCACUUCGUGUGGGAGCACGCGCCCGGCGCGCUCUCCGCCGGCAUGGCGCCCGAGCGCGCCCUGCUGCACCACUACAGGGUGACUGCCGCAUGUCACGUAUGCUAGUGUCUGCUGUAGCAGUAGCGAGCUGGGGAACCACUUCGUGUGGGAGCACGCGCCCGGCGCGCUCUCCGCCGGCAUGGCGCCCGAGCGCGCCCUGCUGCACCACUACAGGGUGACUGCCGCAUGUCACGUAUGCUAGUGUCUGCUGUAGCAGUAGCGAGCUGGGGAACCACUUCGUGUGGGAGCACGCGCCCGGCGCGCUCUCCGCCGGCAUGGCGCCCGAGCGCGCCCUGCUGCACCACUACAGGGUGACUGCCGCAUGUCACGUAUGCUAGUGUCUGCUGUAGCAGUAGCGAGCUGGGGAACCACUUCGUGUGGGAGCACGCGCCCGGCGCGCUCUCCGCCGGCAUGGCGCCCGAGCGCGCCCUGCUGCACCACUACAGGGUGACUGCCGCAUGUCACGUAUGCUAGUGUCUGCUGUAGCAGUAGCGAGCUGGGGAACCACUUCGUGUGGGAGCACGCGCCCGGCGCGCUCUCCGCCGGCAUGGCGCCCGAGCGCGCCCUGCUGCACCACUACAGGGUGACUGCCGCAUGUCACGUAUGCUAGUGUCUGCUGUAGCAGUAGCGAGCUGGGGAACCACUUCGUGUGGGAGCACGCGCCCGGCGCGCUCUCCGCCGGCAUGGCGCCCGAGCGCGCCCUGCUGCACCACUACAGGGUGACUGCCGCAUGUCACGUAUGCUAGUGUCUGCUGUAGCAGUAGCGAGCUGGGGAACCACUUCGUGUGGGAGCACGCGCCCGGCGCGCUCUCCGCCGGCAUGGCGCCCGAGCGCGCCCUGCUGCACCACUACAGGGUGACUGCCGCAUGUCACGUAUGCUAGUGUCUGCUGUAGCAGUAGCGAGCUGGGGAACCACUUCGUGUGGGAGCACGCGCCCGGCGCGCUCUCCGCCGGCAUGGCGCCCGAGCGCGCCCUGCUGCACCACUACAGGGUGACUGCCGCAUGUCACGUAUGCUAGUGUCUGCUGUAGCAGUAGCGAGCUGGGGAACCACUUCGUGUGGGAGCACGCGCCCGGCGCGCUCUCCGCCGGCAUGGCGCCCGAGCGCGCCCUGCUGCACCACUACAGGGUGACUGCCGCAUGUCACGUAUGCUAGUGUCUGCUGUAGCAGUAGCGAGCUGGGGAACCACUUCGUGUGGGAGCACGCGCCCGGCGCGCUCUCCGCCGGCAUGGCGCCCGAGCGCGCCCUGCUGCACCACUACAGGGUGACUGCCGCAUGUCACGUAUGCUAGUGUCUGCUGUAGCAGUAGCGAGCUGGGGAACCACUUCGUGUGGGAGCACGCGCCCGGCGCGCUCUCCGCCGGCAUGGCGCCCGAGCGCGCCCUGCUGCACCACUACAGGGUGACUGCCGCAUGUCACGUAUGCUAGUGUCUGCUGUAGCAGUAGCGAGCUGGGGAACCACUUCGUGUGGGAGCACGCGCCCGGCGCGCUCUCCGCCGGCAUGGCGCCCGAGCGCGCCCUGCUGCACCACUACAGGGUGACUGCCGCAUGUCACGUAUGCUAGUGUCUGCUGUAGCAGUAGCGAGCUGGGGAACCACUUCGUGUGGGAGCACGCGCCCGGCGCGCUCUCCGCCGGCAUGGCGCCCGAGCGCGCCCUGCUGCACCACUACAGGGUGACUGCCGCAUGUCACGUAUGCUAGUGUCUGCUGUAGCAGUAGCGAGCUGGGGAACCACUUCGUGUGGGAGCACGCGCCCGGCGCGCUCUCCGCCGGCAUGGCGCCCGAGCGCGCCCUGCUGCACCACUACAGGGUGACUGCCGCAUGUCACGUAUGCUAGUGUCUGCUGUAGCAGUAGCGAGCUGGGGAACCACUUCGUGUGGGAGCACGCGCCCGGCGCGCUCUCCGCCGGCAUGGCGCCCGAGCGCGCCCUGCUGCACCACUACAGGGUGACUGCCGCAUGUCACGUAUGCUAGUGUCUGCUGUAGCAGUAGCGAGCUGGGGAACCACUUCGUGUGGUAAAAUAUGUUUAAGGCACCUUGUCCACGGAGGUGUUUGUGAGGAGUGAACGUAUCAUCAAAAAAGAUUUCACAGCGUCACACAAGCGAAACGUUGGCACAAUAAAACACUGAAAGAUGUGAUGUGCUGUGCUGUGAUGUAGGUUUUAAUGACAGAAAUAACGCAUUUAAACAAGGGACCUAAGUCAUCGCCCAACUUAAGUUAUCGCCCACUAAAGGAUGAUAUACUUAUAUAUUUACCUUUAAAAAAAUGUAACAACAGAGAGCUGAAUUCUUUGUUUUUUUUCCUUCUCCUAUACUCGUUUAUCAAGCGAAUUGUCAACAGUAUACGCAGGAAUUUCUGACAUCAUUUUCAGCUGUUGGUUUCAAAGUUCACGCUAUUGAAUAUUUCCGAAGAUACCACACGUACCUACUAUAUUAUUAUAAUGUCUGUGUUAUUGUGCAGGCAUCGUGCGAGAGCGAAGACAUGUCGUGUUUAGGCAUGCCGUCCACCGUAGACCGCACCGCCCACCGCUGGACCGACGAGCUACUGUUGCGAGUCCAGGAUGUACAGAAUCAGAUUAAGUCGUCUUACUGCUCGAAGUAAACCCCUAACUCAUUUGACUCUCACUCAAUUGACAAAUAAUGUAUUUAUGGUACCUACUUCGCAAUUGUGUGUGUAGGUAGGCUAAAUAUAUAGGCUAGAAAAAAUGUAUUGGUUGAAGGUGAAUGAUAGUCUCUGGGUGAUUGAUUAACGUACAUAAAUACAUAUAGUCACGUCUUUAUCCCUUGCAGGGUAGACAAAGCCUACAGUCUUGAAGAGACUGAAAGACCAUGUUAAAUCACCCUGAGUAAGUCACCGGUGGUGCAAUUUAUCUUGCUAUGAAACCAAAGAGAAACGUCAUUUCCUAUGCUGACUCUUUAUGGCAAGGGCGUAGGCGUAACUAUGAAAGCAGGAGUAUGACAAAUAUACAGUACAUUUCUUUAGGUACUGAAAUAAAGGUAAACAAUCUUGAUUUCUCCUCUAAUCAAAAAAAUAGCAAGUCAUGUGUCAUCAUCGUCAUCAUUACCUUUUGUUUUGUCUUCUCAUAGUAAAAAUUUAUAUUUUAUGUAUAAAUGUUAUGCAUAAGACGUUUCGCCUUUAUUUCCAUGCCUAAAAAAAUUAACUCAAGUUAGAUAUACAAAGAUUGUAUAUGGUAACACCAAGAUAAGGUAAAAGCGACAACGACGAUGUUACGAGAACAGACUCGCGGGCAAAAGCUAGUAGAUUCAUGUUUAUAAAAGAAACAUUCUGUAAUCUCUUUAUAAUUGUACUGAGUUCACCUGAACUAAAGGUACGUUUGUAUGGCAAAAUAUUAUGUGAUCCCACUUAUAAUUUUUAAAGUGUAAAGAAAAGAUCUGAUUUAUUAAAUAUUAAUGGAGUUAUGACUAAUAUCUCAUGACACUAUUGUUAGGUAAAAGGCCACGAAGCUUUAAGCCCAUCUAGCUGGUCUAGAUCAGAAAAAUUGUGUGUUUUCGAAUGUUUUUCGAACGUUUUCGAACUUAUAUGGCUCAGAAAUAAUAUGGAAAUAUCUAAUUAGUUGUUAAAAAACCAGUGUCGUUCAACUGAAGUAGGUAAAUUAUUAUAUUGCUCUAUAUGUUGUUACUAGUCAUUUGAAAUUAUAAAACUGGAUUUGAUUAGAAAUGAUGAUUCCCGUAUAUUUUUUAAAGUUAAACUUUGUUCAGUAUAUUUUAUUUGACUUACAAGCAUAAGCCUUGAAUCUCCAUAAAACUUUACGAUAGUUCAUCUAUUAGUUUAAAAGAAAUACCAAAUGUUUUAAUACGUACAAAUUUGCCAAUGUUAUUUAAUUAAUCGUAGAAGUGACAAGUAUCUAUUAGAAUAGCUUUAUUGUUUGUUUAAUUACAUGUAUGGUAAAAAUUCAAUUUGAUUUAGACAAAUCUCUUUGCAAUUGUGAUCUCAAAAUCUGUUUUUUUAUGAUCUGAUCUGAAGAAUACUGCGACCACUCACCUAUGCGGGACUAGGGAGGAAGGAUGAGAAUUAUUUGUCCGGUUAUCGGCCCGGUACAGUGAAGGUGAAAAACGCAUACAGAAAUAGUUUAUGUGUAUAUAAAUAUUAGACAAAUGGUAAAAUAAGAAGGACCAUUAUAAACCGUAUUUUAGUCCCAUUUACAAAUAAUAAUUUCAGUUAGUUGAUUAUUUUUCUACAUAGUUUAUUAUGUAAACGAAUACUUCGAAACAAACUUAAAGAAUGAAUUGUUAUGUUUUAUUUUCAAUUGGGUGUGUUUAUAACUUGCUCAAUCAUUGUUCUAUGACAUCAGUAUUAUUUUUAAAAGGAGAUUGGACGAGAUUUCUUUCAAAUGUAUGAUAAAUGAAAAGGUUAAAUUCGUGUGUAUGAUAUGUAGGAUUAAAACUAAUAAGUAGUGGUUUUGUGUAAAAAGUCAAAAUAUGUUUUGAUAUGGUUUAUAUAAUUACGACGCUGUUGACAUUUUGUAGAUCAAUACAAAUAUUUGCAUGACAAUUAUUUUUUUUAUAACCGUCAAAAAUGGCCAUUGCGUGAACUAUUUUAUAUAAGUAUCUUAUAUUUUAUAUUUAUAUAUUAUCCUAGCAGAUUUGUAUCUCAUUGUUUAAGUGUGCACUAAGCACCGAAACUUUAUAGCAAAUGUGUAUUGUACACACCCAAUUCGAUGUAAAUAUUACUGAAAAUUUCGUGAGUGGAAAAAUCUUGCGAUAGAAGAUAAAUGAUGUUGCUUCGCUGGCAACGGGAUAUACAAAAAUUUCAGACAUUACACCUCUAUUCGUUGUAAUUUGCAUUAAAUUGCUAUCCUGAAGGCAUGCCAGAGGAGUGUUCAGUAACUCGAAGAUUUCUCUAAAAAAGUAUGCACAUUUUUUCUAAACCCAGACCUUUGAAGAGAAAUCUUUGUUAAAAAUCAUAGUGUAUAUGGUUGAAAGCACGCCCGUGUUUUAGUGUAAAAAGGAGUUAUUAAGUUUGACCAAAUAUUCGGUUAAUAACUUUUAGAAGUACAUUUUACUUUAAGAGUUUUAAUCCCAUUAUUUUAGUGAUAAAGUACACUCUGUACAGUAAGAAAUGAUUUUGCAUUUAUAAACGAAGUACGUUUAUUAAAAUACGCUACAAUUAAAUGCACGUUCCUAAAUAUUAUAAUAAUGAAUUUUAUUUAAUUGUUGUAUUUAUAAAACUUGAAUUUAUUUAUGUUGCGGAACUCGUAGUUAUCUAUGAUUAUCUCUUUAAUAAUAAUUUUUCGGAAUGAUUUAUUAUUUGAUUAUAAGUUAUGAAUUUGGCGAUAAGAGCAUAAUUUGUGUACAAAUUCAAGAUAAUAUCUCUUAUUAUUGUGCAAUUGGUUGUAGAUUAUUAUGAGUGAAAUUAUGCAUUUUUAUUUAUUUAUGUUAACGUAAGUAAAUUUUAAAGUUAUGAACUACAUAUGUUCGUCGCAAAGGCAAAAAUCGAUUUGAAAAAAUGGAAUUUAGUGUGCCCGUAAAAAGUAAUUAAAUCGCACAAUUAUUAGUUGAAUGUUUUUAAAUGAAAUAGAACAAAUGCGCUCAAAAAUGCCUAUACGUUGGGAUAAAUUGCCUUUAUUGUUUUUACUGCUUUAAGGCUCCGUCAAUAUGCACCAAUAAAUCUUACCCGAGAUAAAUGAAUGGAUGUUUGUGGAAUCGGUUCUAUACGCCACUUCACAAUUUAAUCACGUUGCAUCUCACCUCCAGGGCAGUUGCGCCAGAUUUUCGUGAUUGAAUCGUAAUGCAAUUUUGGCCGCUUCUCAAUAUUUUCACACUUUCGUCGUCGAGGAUAUUUUGUUUGUUAUACUGUUAAAAUUAUGUUUAUUUAAAAUGAUUUAAAGUUUUUGUUUUGAGAUUUUAUGCCGGCAUAGAUUGAAAUAAUGUAUCUUGCAAUAAAAUAUAGAUACUUACGAUAAUAAAUUUGAUUCAUAAUCAUAGUCGCCAGGUGACAAAAUAAGAUCUAUCAACCGUAUAAAGAAAAUAGCUGUAGGAUUAAUAACUGUGGUUUAGCCAUUCAUAUGAGAUAGAACACUACUUUUUUUAUUCACUUUAUAACGCCUUUGUUCAAUUACUAGUGUCAAAAUUUGCGUUUUUAUAGCUAUAGAGUUUUAAGAGUUUUAUAGUAAUAUCUUUAUCUAAGUACCUCUGUUGCUUUAUGAAAUAAUAAUGGUAUACACAUAUCAAUUACAGCUAUGGUAAUAUUUUGUUGUUAUUAUUUAGUAUACCUAAUGUAAUGAUCCUAAAAUUAAGUAUAAUUGUAUCCUAAGUAAUGAUAAAACGCAUAAGCUAUUAAUGUACAAAUUUUAAGAUUGGACUGUAAUGACAUGUAAUAUAAUGCUUAAUUGUUAUGUAUACACCAGGAUACAUAUUUAUCUGCCUCGUAAAAGCGCUCAGUUACCUCGAUUUAUUACUUAUUGCAACUUUUACUGCUACUAUUGUUUUAUCAUCAAAAAUAGUUUCAGGCCUAUUUAAAACUAUUUUUAGAAAAUGUUUCGUAACAAAUUUAUUGAUAAGGAUAAAAACCAAAAAUUUGAAUACAUUGUAUUAAAAAUCCUCUGGAAUUUGUCAGUUUUGUUCUGCUGGAUUGAGGGUAAAACUAAUAUUAUGCAUUUAAAUAUUUGCCUACAUAUUAUCGACAAUAUGUUACAGAAACCCUGUUCGAUUCGCA